ACCGAUUUACCCUACCACCAACUCCCAUAAUACCACACAUCUACCCCUGUAUCGUUUCAUUUAUUUCCUUCUCAAACAACCUCCCGAACAGAAUUGUGUCGUCACACGAACGAGCACGUGGGGGAGGCGACAUGCGCUUCGUCAUUGGUUGUGGCCAAGGUGGGCAAGCUUGCAGGCGAGGUCGACGGCUGCCUGCUGUCGAAGGGGAAUACUUGGCAGAGCUUGACAACGUCAUGGCUGGCUUGGACAAACGGAGGGAGGCCGGAGGCUGGUUAGAGAUGUCCGUGCAGGACUGCCGACGUUAGGGAUGAGGAGCUCGGGCGAAAAGAGGGCUAGCAGAAGGACGGAGCGAGUGAGAGAUCGAGCAGAGGAGGAGGGAGGCAAGCAGAGACAUGGUGCUCUUAUUCCUGAUGGCGGAGAUCGAUUAAGGAGUGGUCGGGAGACGAGCAACUUAGGGCAGGGCUCGCAAGGGAUGCUUUGCUUUGCUAAUUAACACACUUUUUAGGUGCUACGGUACAAAGUGAGGUGAUGCUAGAGUAGAGGAAUUGCAGGCCAAGCGAAUAAUUGACCAACGCACAAGGAGGAAUGAAAUUCGAGAGAAAUAGGACAUGGGAGUGUGGAUCCACGGAGCAGGAACACGGGCUGAACCAUGCUGAUCAAAAGCGAGAGGUCGCGCAUGGGUGACCUGGUGCACUGAUGAAGUUCUCUCGAGGAUUGGUGGGAGGAUGAUUUACUAAAGCGUUUGAGUAUUUGUUUCUCCUGGUGCAACGCACGGGCAUUUUUGCUAGUCUCUAUCUCUAUCUCUACUAUCUAAAAAGGACGAACUGGUUCUGUUUCCUCCGGUCGAAGGUUUCGUCCUACAUAUUUUUAUCUGACCAUUUUACCCUUCCACCAAAUCACAUACUCCUAUUUUAAGGAAACUAUAGUCAUUUUUUUAGGUUACGAAGUUUCUAUUUCUGCCCCUCCCUCCAUGCACGACCGACCGACUCCGCGCCCUCCGUCCACUCUUCUCCCUCGCGGCUGUGCCCUCUCUCGCGACGACGGCGCCGUCUCCCUUGCGCGCCACAUGACGGCACCCUCUUCCUCGCUUGCAUCGUCUACGCUGAUCAACAAAUAUGUUCGUCUGCACAUGGAGGUUGAGGUCCAAAAUGGGAUCUUUUACUCCUCCGGCAGCCAGAUCUGUUGUGUCAGGGCUCGAUCUAUCAGGGACGAACUCCAAUCAUGGUUAUGGCCGGCAGGGACUACCAAGACGGCUGCCAGCGGGUCGCGCUCUUCUUCGGCACGCAGAUCGGCGCCACCGAGGAAUUCGCCAAGCUCUCCCAGACGCUGGUGGAGGAGGCCAAGGCCAGGUACGACAAGGUCGUCUUCACGGUGGUCGAUCUGGACGAUUACGGCGCAGAAGAUGAGGAUCGAGGAGUACCAGGAAAAGCUCAAGAAGUAGAACAUGGCGCUGCUCUUCCUGGCAAUGUAUGGAUGGCAAUGUAUGGAUCUGCAAUUUCAUCUCCACCUUCUACUGAUUAUGUGCAGUACUAUACCUGUUCAGCAAAAGAAGCCAUGCAUAUUUAUUCAAGCUAAUCCCUGUUCGAACCAGCAAUAAAGCUAGGGCAGCUGACCAGUGUUGUUCUCUGAACCCAUUCUCAUUUGUCAUAAGAAGUUCUCUAUUAGAUUGUGAAAUACCAUUGCACUUGAAGGUUAAACUGCAAAUGUGUUCCCAUGACAGAAAAUUCUCCGUGAGAGUGAUGGAGUAACAUUUUUAUUUUCUGUACUUGUCUUGUCAUGUUUGAUUUUCAUUAUUCUGUUAUGUCAGCCUGCAAUUACUUUUGGUCCUUGUUUGUUCUCUGCACUUAUUUAACUCAAUAAUUGUGUAAAUCUGAAAAAAUAAACUACUCUAUGUUAGCUUAUCAUGCAUAAUUCGUAGUUGCAUGUUUGCAUUUUCUGAAGGAAAUAUUUAAUCCUCAUUUCAAGAGUUCAUUGACAUGAUUUGCUGCGGGAUGAAGCGCCCAAUGGUGAAGCCAUUGAAUCAAGUGGAAGGCAAGUGCUUGAGCAGUUACUACAAUCCAUGCUUCCACAAUUUCUGAAGCAGGUCAGGUAUAUACUCCCUUGUUUUUUUACUACAGUAGCCAUUUUUUAGUACUCCCUGCAUAUUUAGUAGUUCAACCUGCAUUGUUACAACCUGAGAUAUAUAUUUGGUGGCACAAUAAAAUCAAGGAUGUAUUUCUGUUUCUAAUUAAAUGGAGUAUUUGUUUUGCUAUCUGAAAAAUACUAAGGUCUGAAACUGCUGCAGUAUCAU